CAUUUCAGCCUUUCCCUAUUCGUCCUCGACAAAUACCCUUCUCGGCACGGGCCCUAGGCCCUAGUAGAGCGUGGGCAGGAUCAUAAGUUCCCUGACCUCACAAUAGCCCCUCAAAAUCCUGCUAUUUGGCUCCUCGUACGGAUAUGAGAGUUUUGAUGACAUCAGACAUCUGUCAAUGCCUGUCAAUCCUUAUCACCUAUCGGUUCCCGAGACUUUUCGUCUGCCCGAGACACGUUCCUGGAGACUUUGGAAGGUGAAACGUGGCGUCAUUAAAUGCGGGCGGCUCUGUGUUUCCCACGUUUUACGGCAUGAUGGAGAUCUAACGGUGGGGAUUCCUUGGCCUUUAUGGGCGGGAAAAUUCGUGCAGUUACUCUCAAUAGAAGCAUAAAUGAUUUUUGGAACGGAUUUAUCUCUUCAGUUUUGCACAUAAGAGUUCUAGCGCGUAUACCCUGGGUUCAUCUGAACUUUCGUCCAAACUCAAGUCUAUCUCUAGCACAAAAAGCAUGUCUGAAACGUCUUUCCUCUUUUCUGUAAGUUCCCUGCCUCCAUUAACUCGUGCUUUUUCUUUUCUGGGUUUAUUUUUCUCUGGUUCCCUUUUUUCUCCCGCCAUUGGUUGAGUUUGUUUAGUAACUCGUAGAGAUGGUUAAAUUGAAACUGAGGAAAUUAGUUGAUACUGAGGAGGCGAUGGAAAAGUUCAUUGCCGAUUACAGGAUUCCUCCCAACGUAAGUCUGAGGCAUUGUAAGAUGGGGGAGUGAUACUAUCUGAGGGGAAUGGGCGAGGUGGUAAUUCCUGUCCUCGCCUUCGUAGAGGGGGGUAUGAGAAUCCCCAUGGGGCUGGUAACGAAGGGUUACCUCAGGCACUUCCGACUAGCCCCCACCUAGUGCACCGGCAACAUGUUUAGGAUUCUGGGUUGUGUGGAUGCCUUAAACGAAAAGAUGGGGCUAAGAUUGACCCACCACGACGUGAAUUGGUGCUAUAAUCUCCAAAUUUUGAAGGGGAAAUCCUACUUUAUGAAGACGAGAGACUAGAGGGUUCGACUAAUUCAAUACCUCCCUGAUUCCAACAAGGGAUUAAACAAGGAUUUCCUUAUCGUCUUCGGUGAAUGGCAUGAUGGCGAUCCGUGCCCCACGGUAGAAGGAGAACCAGGUGGGGUAUAGAGAAUGGAAGGGAGCUGACCCUUUGCGCCAUUCUAAUUUGAUGUGGUUCGGUAACUAACCAUGCGCAUGUGUUUUUUGCAGAUCCACACGCUUUUUACUGGCACUUUCACCUAGUUAACCGGGUGGACUUGGAGACUAUUCUUCAAGUGGCAGUUUUCGUAAAUGAUGGAGAUGGUCAAGUCCGAACCGCUCACAAAAUCUUAGGGUACGCUCCCCUUCAAAAGUCAUUUGCCGACCCCAGGCACGUGAUCAGCGCCAGCCGUCCUCGGCUUCCAAAAAUUACCGUGGUCGAAUCAGGAUUUUUAAUUUCUGAAGGAUCAUCUACCCCAGAGGGCAUCCCACUAGUGGACCUCUCCUCCUCUCACCAAGCAGCGGAGGACGAAGGUGAGUUAGAUCGAUCCGAGGAGGGAUUUGGGGUAUUUGACCUAGCCGACCAAUCCGAGAAUCCUUCUGGUGAUAUAGGUGACCCGGCCUUGUCUGAGGCGGAAUUAUCAUUAGUAGGCACAUCUUCCCAAACCGAGAUGGGACUUAAGAGAAAGCCCCUGACCAGCUUAUUCGACCGCCUCGAGGGUCAACCGGGGAAGGGUGCACAAGGAACACCGCAGUCCAGGGCUUCGUCUCCACCACCUCAGCCCCAGACCAUCCAGACUAGGUCAUCCUCCACAAAGUUGCAGCCACAAUCCCCCCACCCCAAACUUCCUGCUCCUCCCCAACUAGCUUUGCCUCCUUAGCCGGGGCCCACUGACUCAAAGAGAAAGAGGAGUCCCAAGGGUAAGGAAGUCAUGGAUGGGGGAAAAUCUCAAUCUUCCAAUGAGAGGGAUGAAGCCUCGCGUGUGAAGCAAUUGAAAAUUGGGAUCCAAAGCAAGGGUAAAGAGACCGAAACCCAAUCCGCCCAAAGCAAGGGAAUGGGGAUCGAAGCCCAAUCCUUGCCAAGCGCUUGGCUUCCCGCCCCAAUGCUCCACGGGGGGCCACUGCUGGAAACCGCGUCCAUGAGGGACCUUGGAGAUGGCGAAGGCGGUUAUGUGGCCGACACAUUAGGGAGAACUAUGCUGCUUCCCAAUGACAUGGAUGAGUUGAAAAAAAUGAGGAUGCAGGAGGUUUUCCUCAGUACGAAGAGGUACUUAGGAAUGGCUCUCCAGGCCACAUAUAGAAUGGAGGAGGAAGUUAACAAGCAGAGUAAGGCCGCCGAGAAUGAACGCUCCAAACGCCUAGAUGCCUCACGGACUCUCAAAACUUCCGAGGAUGACCUCGCAAAGGCUAAGGACGCCUUAAAGGAGGCUAUCCGAGAAAGAGAUAGUGCCUCGACGGGUUUAGAUGAUGCUCAAAAAUAGGCUGAGGAACAAACAAAACGUCUACUCAAAGCCGAGGAUCAGUUGUGAAUAGCCAAGGAGCAGAUCAGUGAUUUAAAGAAGAGACUGAUCUUGGCAGAGAAUGAUAAAGGCGUGGUGGAGUAUGCCCGGGACGAAGUCAUAAGGGCCGAGUGGGAGGCUGAGUUUCCUAGAAACGAGGCUGAAGCUGCUAAGGAAACGGCUGAGGAUGAGGGUUACAACGCGGGGGUAGCUGAAACCCAAGCCUCCCUUAAAGCCCAAAUUCCCGGAGUAUGCAGACUAUACUGCUCCCAGGUUUGGGAAGAGGCCUUAAAGCGAGCUGAGGUGGAUGCUUCGUCUGAUUUGUGGAAAGUGGAGAGCAUAUUUUACCCUACAACCAUCCGUAAGGCCGCCUCCACCAGUUCUGAGGCUGUGAGCGAUCAACAUGAGGAAGGGGUCACUCAGUCGGUAGCUGCACAAGUCGGCGUCCCUCCUGGCGAGUCGCUUAAAGGGGGAGAGCUUCAUGAUGUAAUAGAAGCACCUGAAUGUAUGGAUCCCGAGGUACCCAAAGAGGAUGUUGAGCCUAUGGUCAGCGCUCAGAUCCCUGAUGCCGAAGAGCCAGCCAUACUUGCCCAGCCCCUGCAGGCAAUUCCCCUCGCCGUGGUCCCCAAGAGUACCAACACCGAACCUGCUCAAUCUUCCCCAGAAGGGACUGUUCUCCAGGGCGUUGAAGCUGGUCCUGUUCUGCCUUCCCAAGAUGUGGCCGACACAGAAUUGAAGAAGUAGAAACCCCGGCCAGCCUUCGUAUUUGUUUUUAGUUUAAUGAUUAACUAGUUUUUUCUUUUUUUUUUGAAAACUUUGUAGUCUGUUGGUAGUUUGAACCUGUUGAACACAUAUAUGAAAUUCUUUUCUUCCUCUCUCCUUUUAAUUACUUGUUAGUUGCCCUCGUCGAUACUUACUAUUGUUUAUGAUUUUUGAACUAAUUAUCUUAACAUGUAUGAAUGGUUGUGCAUGCGAUAUAUUUAGAAUCAUGUUUCGGAACGUUAGCUUACCCGCACCUAUAGAGCUUUGAACUCGUGUCUGAACCUCCUUCAAUUGGGAUGUAGGCAUCAUCCGAGACGUUCCGUGUAUUGUUAGGUCCAACUUAGUAUCCAGAUUUCCUUUAAGUAGUUGGCUUCCUUAUAGAUUUGAGUCCGAGAACCAGGCAAUACCUUGGUUCUAUCCAA